GUUUGCCGGAAAAAUAAAAAAAAAUAAAAAACCCUAUUUUUGGUAAAUAAAACCCACCAAAACAUAAACGGUAGCAUCGCCGCUGAAAAGAAAAAAAAAAACAGAACAUUAAUUCCUCUGCUGUACGGUUGUUGUUGCCGUGUUGCAAACCAGCUUUGGUUUCUGUGUUCUCCUUAUUUGGGAGUUUUGCUUCUUUUUUUUAACAUUUUGUUUGGUGUGUUUUUUGGCAAAGGAGGUGGGUGGGCCCCAGCACAAGUUUGAAACGCUCGGGGGCCGAGCCAAAACGGAGGAGAGAGAGACCAAACUCUUUGUUCGUACCGUACAACGAUUGACAGAUGGCCGCGUCGCGUGGUUCGUCGUCUUCCACGAACGGGUUGUUGCCGACGUCGUUGUCGGAGCGGAACCACCACGACAUGGAGGCCGGGGGAAGGGGAGGAGGGGAAAGGGUGGGACUGGAGACCGAGUUCAACGACGACGACGCUGCCGCGGCGAACGACAUGCCGACCGAUCCCUUCGACAUUGCCCACACCAAGAACGCGCCUCCCGCGACGCUCAGGAGAUGGAGGCAAGCGGCACUAGUGUUAAAUGCUUCCAGACGGUUCAGGUACACUAUGGACUUGAAAGCGGAAGAAGAAAAAGAAAAUAGCAGGCGGAUGAUUAGAUCCCAUGCACAAGUCAUAAGAGCAGCAUUGCUUUUCAGAUUGGCAGGAGAACGGGAACUUGGGAUUGGCACAACAGUUGCGCCCCCAACUCCCAGUGGUGAUUAUGGAAUUGCACUAGACGAACUUGUUACAUUGACCAGGGAGAACAACAUUACCGCUUUACAGCAAUAUGGAGGGGUUAAAGGCAUAUCAGCGUUGCUAAAAUCGAAUGCGGAGAAGGGAAUUGAUGGGGUUGAAACAGAUGUAGUAAAACGAAAGGAAGUGUUUGGAUCAAAUACAUAUCCUCGGAAAAAAGGGCGGAGUUUCUUGAGAUUCCUUUGGGAAGCUUGGCAAGACUUAACUCUUAUAAUCUUGAUCAUAGCUGCAGUCGUGUCAUUGGGACUCGGAAUAAAAACUGAGGGUCUGGAGGAAGGAUGGUAUGAUGGAGGAAGCAUUUUCUUUGCUGUGUUUCUUGUUAUAAUUGUUACAGCUGUUAGUGAUUAUCGGCAAUCUCUUCAGUUCCAAAAUCUUAACUCGGAAAAACAAAAUAUACAACUGGAGGUCCUGAGAGGCGGUAGAUCAGUAAAGAUCUCAAUAUUUGAUAUUGUGGUUGGUGAUGUUGUACCACUCAGAAUAGGUGAUCAAGUCCCUGCUGAUGGAAUCUUAGUCACUGGUCAUUCACUUGCUAUCGAUGAAUCUAGCAUGACUGGUGAAAGCAAGAUUGUUCACAAGGAUCAGAAAGCACCUUUCUUAAUGUCAGGUUGCAAAGUGGCUGAUGGAGUGGGUACUAUGCUGGUAACUGGUGUUGGGAUCAAUACUGAAUGGGGAUUGUUGAUGGCAAGCAUCUCAGAGGAUACUGGUGAAGAAACUCCUUUACAGGUGCGUUUGAAUGGAGUUGCAACUUUUAUAGGCAUAGUUGGGCUUUCAGUAGCUGUUUUGGUGCUUGCCGUCCUUUGGGCCAGAUACUUCACUGGAAAUACAAGAGAUCUAGAUGGAAAAGUCCAGUUUAUAGCUGGUCAGACUAGAAUUGGCAAAGCUUUUGAUGGAGCAAUAAAAAUUUUCACGAUUGCUGUCACCAUUGUGGUUGUUGCAGUCCCUGAGGGGCUACCUUUGGCCGUUACCUUGACGCUAGCAUACUCAAUGAAGAAAAUGAUGGCAGAUAAGGCAUUGGUCCGUAGGCUGUCAGCCUGUGAAACUAUGGGUUCAGCAACAACGAUUUGCAGUGAUAAAACUGGGACAUUGACUUUAAAUCAGAUGACUGUGGUUGAGGCAUAUGUUGGGAGAAAGAAGAUAAAUCCACCAGAUGAUUCCUCACAGUUGCAUCCACUGGUUUCCACUCUGUUAAGUGAGGGCGUUGCGCAGAAUACCACUGGCAAUGUAUUUGAGCCAACGCAGGGUGGUGAAGUAGAGAUUUCUGGAUCUCCUACGGAAAAGGCUAUACUUUCUUGGGCAUUCAAGUUGGGAAUGAAGUUUGGUGUUAUCAGAUUGGAGUCUACAGUCCUUCAUGUCUUCCCUUUCAACUCAGAGAAAAAGCGAGGUGGUGUUGCAGUAAAGCAGGCUGACUCUAAUGUUCAUAUACAUUGGAAAGGAGCAGCGGAGAUACUUUUAGCCUCAUGCACAGAGUACCUUGACUCAGAUGGUUGCUUGCAUAAUAUUAAAGAUGACAAGGAAUUUUUCGCGACAGCUAUUAAUGACAUGGCAGAGAGCAGUUUGCGGUGUGUUGCCAUUGCAUAUAGACCAUAUGGAUUGGACAAAGUUCCUACCGAUGAAGAGCAAUUAAGUCAAUGGGCAUUACCAGAAGAUAACCUUGUCCUGCUUGCUAUUGUUGGCAUAAAGGAUCCUUGUCGUCCUGGUGUCAGAGAUGCAGUGAAACAAUGCACAGAAGCUGGUGUCAAGGUACGCAUGGUCACUGGAGACAAUCUUCAAACAGCAAAAGCGAUCGCGUUAGAGUGUGGAAUACUACUUUCACUUGAAGAUGCUACUGAGCCUACUAUCAUUGAAGGAAAAGUAUUCCGUGAAUUGUCUGAAAGGGAAAGGGAACAACUCGCCAAGAAAAUAACAGUAAUGGGCAGAUCUUCUCCCAAUGACAAGUUGUUGCUUGUGCAAGCAUUGCGUAAGGGAGGUGAAGUUGUUGCAGUAACAGGGGAUGGCACUAAUGAUGCUCCGGCACUUCAUGAGGCAGAUAUUGGUCUUUCUAUGGGCAUUCAAGGAACUGAAGUUGCUAAGGAAAGUUCGGAUAUCGUUAUCUUGGAUGAUAAUUUUGCGUCUGUUGUAAAGGUUGUUCGCUGGGGACGUUCUGUGUAUGCAAAUAUUCAGAAAUUUAUCCAAUUCCAACUUACUGUUAAUGUUGCCGCUCUUGUAAUUAAUGUUGUGGCCGCAAUCUCUUCUGGUCGUGUUCCUUUAAAUGCAGUACAGCUUCUGUGGGUUAACUUGAUCAUGGAUACUCUAGGAGCCCUUGCGUUGGCUACCGAACCACCUACAGACAACCUUAUGCAUAGAACACCAGUUGGCCGAAGGGCACCUCUUAUAACGAACAUCAUGUGGAGGAACCUACUCAUUCAGGCUAUGUAUCAAGUUACUGUCCUCCUUGUCCUCAACUUUUUGGGAAAUAGCAUUCUUGGUCUGCAGCAGGAUGUCCCAAAGCAUGCCGUUGGUGUGAAGAAUACUGUCAUAUUCAAUGCAUUCGUCUUUUGUCAAAUUUUCAACGAGUUCAAUGCUCGAAAGCCUGAAGAAAUAAAUGUCUUCACUGGAGUGACCAAAAACUACCUCUUCAUGGGAAUAAUAGGAAUUACAUUUGUACUUCAGAUAAUCAUCGUCAUGUUCCUCGGAAAAUUUACAAAAACGGUUAGACUAUCAUGGCAGCAAUGGCUCAUAUGCUUGGGAAUUGCCAUUGUCAGUUGGCCUCUUGCCAUUAUUGGAAAACUAAUUCCGGUCCCAAAGACUCCGUUUUCCCAGUACUUCAGUCGGCCUAUUCAGCGGUGCAGAAAUUCUCGUAAUCGUAAUACCUAAUGCUCAUCUCCCUAGUUGUGUUCUGUACGCAUGCUAUCAAACCAUCAGUCUCCAGAUCUUCGAAACUUGGAGCAAGGAUCACGCUAGGCAUCCGAGUUUCUUCUUACUACGAGAAAUAAAUGAGGAAAAUCAACGGUUAUCGUUCUCAAAACUCAACUCAUUUGGUCUUUCAAACUAGGAGGAUUGGCAUUUGGCCAAGACGGAUUACAUCCUUCUCCACGGAAAUGCCCUUCCCGGCUUUUCCACCUCUUCGUCUCUCAGGGCAAUCUCUCAUUUUUUUUGUCUGAAAGUCUUUAUUCCGGCGUAUGGGGAUGGUUAUAGCCAAGUGUUGGUUUGGCAAAGAUUUGUAUAUCCAAUUUUAGCAAAUUUGCCGUGUAAUUUUUUAGCCAAGUGUAAAUAGAACGCUGCUCUCAACAAUUUUCAAAUUUUCUUGAGCAAUUUUAUCAAUCAAAUGAGAAUUCAAAUUAAA